AUGGCUGCUACACCAAUUACAGUAUCACACGGCAAAACAAUGACACUUAGUGAGCUACGUGUUUUCGAACUUAAGCAAGAAUUAGAAAAACGUGGACUAGACAAAAGUGGAAUUAAACUGGCAUUAGUAGAACGCUUAGAGGAGGCUCUUCGAGAAGAAGGACACGAUCCAAAGAUUUACAAGUUUACGGUCAAUGACUGUGGCAAAUUUCCGGCCACACCCUCGAAAAGUUCAAGUGAGGCAAUGAGAGAAACUCUUUCUGAACAUGGAAUUGAAGUUUCCAACGGUUGUCACGAAAACGAGCAGCAGGAAGUAAAAAAGGAAGAUCCCAGUGAACCAUUAGUUAUCGAAUCUGAAGAUAGUGAUGGAACGGUUGAAAAAACUGAUCAUAUGUCAACAGUCAAGGAAUCCAAUGAAGUAAUGGGGAAAGAUCGCAGUAGAACUGAAUUUAUCGAAGAACAAAUGGAAGUAAAUGAAGUUACUGAUGAUACCUCCACUGUCAAAAAGAUAGUGGAAACCAAAGAACCGGAAGAAGAAGAAAUAGUUAAAGAAAUUGCAGAUGAAGUUAACUACGAAGAUGAGGAAAUGCCAGAUACAACUCGGAUCAAUGAGGAGGAAGGAGAAGCAGAAGAAUGCAAAGAAAGUGGAAACAAUAUGGCAGAAAAAGAGGAUGAAAAAACAGCUGGAAAAGAAGUGAAGGCUUCUAAAGAAGCUUCUAAUGAUAAUUUAUUUACGUCGACUGUCGAAACUGUAGCAUCGACACCACCGGAACGUAUCGAUGGUGCUUCACAUCCAGCAACCUCAAUGCUUAAAAAGUCCGAUAAUUCUUUGUGGAUCAAAGGCAUUAGUCCGAAUACAAAAGCUGCAGAUUUGAAGGCAUUGUUUGCUAAGUAUGGACGAGUACUAACCGCAAAAAUUUUCACAAGACGACAGCAACCAUCAAAUGCAUGCUUUGGCUUCGUCACUAUGGUCGAUUCAGCUGCAGCUGACCUCUGUAUUCAAAAACUUCAUAAAACAAAUGUCAAAGGACGCCCGAUUACGGUGGAACGAGUAUGUUUUGUUCAAAUUUUCCUGUCACACGCGGACCGUUGCAACAUGCCCGCCGUUAAAUCGAUACCCAAGAAACCAACAUGUAACGCGACAGGUGACGUGAAAAGUGGAAAGUCUACUACCACUUUCGAUACUUGUUCGAAAAGCGAAGAGAAAUUGUCAAACUCUAGGAUAGUCGAAAAGUCGAAGAAAGAUAUACCUAACAUUGACAAGUCGAAAAGUAGCACGUCGAGUGGCAAUAAAGCAGUCAGUACCACGAGAAGUGAGAAGCAGAAAACAGUGAAAGCAAUGUCGGAAACGAAAAAAUCACCCGUUAAAGCGCCAUCUGCGAGCACAACACACUCAAGAUUCUCAAUGCUCAGCAACAGUAAACGCUCGACGGUCACACGUGUGCCAUCACGGUUUCGAGCCAGUAGAAGAGUUGAGCGAGCAGAUCGUAUUUCAUCUACGUUGCGGCGCUCGUAUGUAAUUCGUAAACCUAGUUAUUCGUCAGCUGCUUCAAGAAGAACUUUGGGAAGUCGGCCAUUUUCGAGUCGUAUUGGUCGUGGUAGUAUAUUACGCGGAAUGGCUCGCCGUGAGGUUUCCUCGCGUCGUGUUGAGCCCCCUACUUCAUGGGAAAAGCGUGAAAUGAUGGAAAUGUUGCGUAAGAAGGAAGAAGAGCACCGACUUAAGGAACAAGAAUUGAGACUGCAACGUGAACGUGAGCGCCUGAAGUUCGAACGUGAGCGAUUUGAACGGGAACGCUUAGAGUUGCAACAGUUACGCCAAAUCGCUGCUCUCACCACACCAGUGCAACUAAUGUCAGCUCCGGGAGCGCCUCCAUCACGUCGCUCACAUGAAUAUGGUGAUAUGGAUUCAUCCAGGUACAAAUCAGAGAAGGAAUUGAAGCGGAGCGAAUAUUCAAGGCGGUCAGGGGAACGAUCGUCAUCACAUCGUGGUGUGACUUCUACACGCAGCUCUUUAUCCGAUCGACGAGAAGCACACAGUUCAUCGCGACAUGUAAGCAGCGCACACUCUUCAUCGCGUGGUGCUGGUGAACGAAGUCGCGAGCGUAGUCGUGAUCGUAGCAGACACAGUACUCGCGACUAUGGUUCGUCAAAUGUCGUUCGUGAAAGUGUUCCUAGUUAUGGUCGUGAAAGUCAUUCAUAUUCACGUAGUGGUGAUCCCACAAUUUCCAACAGUUAUGGACGUGACCCAUAUCGACCCGAUUCGACGACUUACAGCAGCCAUCGUUCCGGUGAAAGUGCAUACGGAAGCCGAGAUCUGGGGACGUAUAGCUCAUCCAGCACUUAUUCCCGUGAUGUAGCACCAUCUUCUUAUAGCAAAGAUUCUGGUUAUGGUGCUAGUUCUCGUUCUUUGGGAGGUGGUGCAUCUUGGUCAGUUGGUGGUUCAUCUUCGACGUAUGUAGGAUCAUCACGCGAUUACGAUGGUGAUGCGUGGAUUUCAGGCGUGUCUGCGUCUCAAGGCCAUGGAAGUCACGGCUUGGGAAGCAGUAAUUGGUCGUCAUCAAGAGGCGAUCACUGGUCAGGUGGUGGUGUGGCUGACACGCAUGGACAUGUUUCAACUUAUGAUAAAUAUGACAAAUACGAUUCUUAUGAUAAGUACAACCGUCGUUACUGA